ACAACAACGAAAUUCUUAUCACUAAAACGAAUGUAUUCUUGCAGAUAACGAGAUAAGUUCGUGAAAGAUCACCCAAAAUCCUGGUAGGAUGAGAGUCAACUUCAACAACUGGUAGUGUAAAUCUCUGGAUCAUCAUAGUCUUGGUUAGUUGGUGCUUUGAUGUUGUUUCAGUGAUGUCAUUAAAUGACCUCUCUUUGAAUUGCAGCGAAUGCAAGAAACAUUUUACAUCUGCAGCUCUUCUCCUUCAGCACUAUGCACAGCACAUCAUCUUUAGCUACAGCGAUGCUGCCAAGUCGCUGCGAGCUGAGCGGAAGCGCAAGCGAAAAGAGAAACAAGCGGAGGACGAAAAAUUGGAAACGGGACAAAACGUAAGUUCCCCUACCUCCUGCAGUAAUUCCAGUACCAGCGCAAAAUCCAUCUCUCCAACACACGGAGUGGAGGCUAAGUAUCUGCCACAAGAACAGAACAACAAUGAGCUUAACGACAAUUAUUCGACAAGCCUACCGACUCCAGAACCACUGAACCUGGUUAAAUUUGAUCUUCAACAGUGCCUAGAAAACAAAGUCACAAAAGAGGAAAACGAUUCAGACAUGGAGCAAGGGUUCCCUGUUAAAAUUGAAAGUGUAUUAGGUAUUAAAGAAGAAUAUUGUGAUCAGCCUGAUGAUGAUGGCAGCUCCUCAGGGAGAAAUGACUCUGGUGAUAGAAACGAAAGUGAAGAUUUUAAUCCUUUGAAGUUUUGUAUGAUUACAAUGGAAGAAGAUAACAGUGCCAAUAAAACCUCAGAGGAGUCCUCGCAUAUUUUGGUCAUGCCAGAGUUACAAUUGAAUGAUGUUACUGUGUACAGAAAACUAGCCCCCAAACCCGUUGAGAAAAGUAAAUUUGUCACUGAAAAAAGAGGUAAAAGCACGCGCAAAUACCCGUGUCACCUGUGUGAAAAAGUGUUUGGCUGGUCAACAGAUCUCAAAAGGCAUGUCUUAAUUCACACGGGUGAACGGCCGUUCAAGUGCAAAGUUUGUCUUGCUUCAUUCACCCGGAAUUUCCUAUUACAAAAACACCAGUCAAAAAUUCACCCCUGCUCCAAGCCGAUUGUAAAAGAUAUAAAUGAUAUAAAUGAAAAAGAUUCAUCGCCGCCAUUUAGAGUAGUUGAUCUGCCACAAGUGUUAAAAAUCUAGCUCUUUUUGGCAGUGGCAAAUAGUAACCAUUUUUCAAUCCUAAUGUGCGUUGACGGAGCGUUCGAAUAAUCAAAGUGCAAUUGGGAAGUUUAUAGUUUUUAUUUUAAAGUAAUAUCCUGCCCCUGACUUUUCAUGUGUGUGCAAUAUUUGUUCCUAUUGUUAUUUUGCUUGGAAACGAACGCGAAGCUCGUUACAGAAAAAAUUCAACAUUUUUCGAUAUUUAUUUUUGUAGAAUUCCCCCAUUUUUCUCAUCUGACAAUUAUUGCAGGAGGAUAUUCUGUUAAAGCAAAGUGUCAUCUGUAAAAUCCUUGGUUGUAUGUAGGAAGAAUUAGCCUUCUCUCCAGUUGUUAAGGUUUCAAGGUUAUGGCUAGAAAUUCUAAAUUUUUGCAUACAUAAAUCCAAAUUUUCUAUGUCAUGCAGAUCUUAAUCACUCCUUCAGAGUAGGGGUAUACUUAAUUCAAGAUCUCUUUUCUUCUACUUUUCUGGUUAAAAAUCGUUGUUUUGGUAAUUUCUAAAUCUUCUGGUACUUUUACAGUUUUCUUUCUUGUACUUAAUUGCUGAGAAUUUCACUUUAGAGGAAAGUUGUCAAUGAAAAACUUUGAGGAAGCCAGGUUAAUUCUGCUGGAUUUUUCCCCCCUUCGAUCCAACCCUUCAUCAGGAAAGCCACUCGUCCUACACACUGAUUAUUCCACAUUGAUAGCACUCUUUUUGAUGAUGCAUACAUCUCCUUUUGCAAUGUUUUAAGUUUUUAGCUGCUUAUACUUUAAUGAAUGACUUUCAAUGAAUGUUACUGAUCUGAGGUCGGUGCCCUCUUUUCCACAUUCCAUUGCAAAGAAACCUCGGAGAAUAUAAUGCAUGAAUCAGUUUAAAUACUGUUGAAAAAAUAAAAUGUGAACAGAAACAUCCCAAAUAGUUCCGUAGACUUCAGUUUAGUUUUUCACCCCCUGUUUGAUUUUUAAAUAAUUUAGAAAUUCUAAUACUUCCUUUCCAAGACCGUUCAACAAUUUUGAAAUUAAUACCAGUAAGUAUGCUGGCAAUUGAAAUCACGUGUUUGUCUGAUGGACAAGGCUAGACAAGUCUCUUUUGGUUUACCGUCUGUGUAUGAAGUGCUUUGCCGCUGUUAUGUACUGCAGCUAAGCAAUUUUUUAACUGGUUUACUAGAAUGAUUCAUGAAUUUAUCACCUUUUUUGAACAGAGGGAGUGACUAAAUUAUUAAUGAUACACAUCUAUAGUUUCCUUCUUCUAGUCAUCCGUAAGUAUGAAAAUGUUUCCUGUUAUGUUUCUCUGCUGUAUUUUUAUGUUUUUACCGUUAACAUUUUGUUCUUCCAAUUUUUGACACUGUAACAAUAAUUAUCUGCCGAUUAAUGUUUUGCCUGUGUAAUCUAUGUGAUUGUAGAUGUACUUAACAAAAUUUUAAAAUUCUGAAGCUCUACGUUUUAGCUUUCUAUAAGCUUGCAUUUUUUACUUCAGCACCUAUUGAGCUGAGCUCAUCGGAAAAUCAAAGUAUAAUUUUUCUAGCAUUCAGGGAGUCAAGUAUUAUGCAUUUUAUUUGUAGGUAAUCAAAUCUGUAAGGGAAUUAAAAAAAAAAAAAAGAUUAAUUCAGGGUGUCUACAAGUUCGGAAUUUCCGGAAAGUCUGAUUUUGAAAGCCCAGUCCGGAAGUACUGAAAAUCUGCAGCAAUUCCGCUACAAGGUCCGGAAUUUUUCGUUUUUGUCGCAAUUUGAGAGAGAAAUUCAAAUGUUUGAAAUUUUUUUAAUUUCGUCAUAAAUGGAGGUACUGAAAAAGUACUGAAUUUCUCGGGAAUGUAUUGAAAAAGUACUAUAAACAUACUGAUUUUUGGGCAGCUUGUUUUAGUUGACACCCUGUAUACAUUUUUUAAGGUAUCACUUGUGGUAGCAAACUUUUGUCAAAUAGUUUUAGUCGAGAAAUUCUCGUUUGUCAAAGUUUUUCUCUUAGAACAAACUUUUAUUUUAACUUAAAAUUGAAUACGUAUUAUUUUAGUUGGCAUUCUUUGUAGGAACAAAAUUACUUCAAUAUAUUUUUGAUUAGGAGUUCUUGGAUCAUAUCUCUCGCUAAUCCUCCCUGUUUCAUGAGGAAUAAACAUUUCCUAACUUUUUUCGAAAGAAAAUAGAGUAAUUGAUAAAAAGAAGCUUUGUAAAUUAUUAGAAAAUUUAACUCUAGGUAUUACUCUUGCCCAAGUUUAGUGUUUGCUAAAUCACCUCUGCACCUUGCAUUUUCAUAUACAGAUCAAGAGAGCUGUUUGCCUCGAAUGCAUGUGUCAAAAUGCUUUAACAUGUGAUAUUAAAUUGCGAAGAGAAAUAAUUGUUUCUCAGUUUUGAGCAGUGUCUCAAUGGACAUGGUGCAGCUCAAUCAGGGCAGCAAAUUUUUCCAAUAUGCAUAUUUUUACUUUCUCGCUCCCCUAGUUUUUAUUGAUAUAAAAAAAAACUUUCAUUCUGUAGGUCGUUCUGUAUCCCUGAAAUAAAGUAAACUUUAUCCCAUUAUUUUAAAUACUGCAACUGUAAAGAGUGAAAAAUAUGUUUAAUCAAAAAAAAAUGUAUCAAAAAAUAUUUGCAUUUUAUUUUGAUUUUUUUUUUAAAUUGAUUUUUCACACAGUGAGACAAUACUUAGAUAUUUUCCUCAUACUUUCUUGAUCAAAAUGACAGAUGUUACCCUUCUGAUUAUCGGAUGUGAAGCUUUUUUAAGCUGAUAAAAGUUCAUCUGCACUACCUUUUUGUAGACAUUUGGUGAAAAUCUGAUAACUGUCCUUGACAAAUUCCAAGUCACUUAAACCUAUCAGAUCAGUGAUCGAGUACCGAAUUUUGUAAUAACAUAGAUGAGCACUGUUCUUAGAAUUUUUUAAGUUUCACACUUACUCCAUCAAGCCUUGCCUGUUUUUUGGACCAUCUUAUCAUGCUCAACUCACAAGGUCAUCCUGAAAUAUUGAUUGCAAUAGGGACUCUCGUAGUGAGACUGAAUAAUACUAAGUCAUCAAAAACAUGUGGAAACUUUUGAGGGCUCGAUCCCCGUUGCUUGUAACAUCAUUGUGGCUCAUUAGUUCUUUCUGUUUUCAUUCUACGCCUGACAAGGAUAUGUGUCAUUUUGAUCAAUAGGACUGGGAAGCAACUGUUUAUUCUUGAGUCUGGUUUUAGUUGUAUAUUUGUAUCAAUUCAGAGAUCUAGGGAUUUUUGCUGCCCUGAUUUAAUCAUAAAAUUAGUUGAUGCGUAUGUUCCGAAUGUUUUAGGUACUAUGGAUGUACCUCACCUACCUUUCCCUAUCCUUUUUCUAGUCAUGUAAGGACUAAUGAAAUGGUGGUUAAAAUUUUAAGUGUAACCGAGACAAUAAUAAGUUUUAUUAAUAUUUGUUGUAUAUUUUACCAAUUCAUACUUAUGUGAACAUCUGUUUGAUCAAACCUUUAUACCUGAUCUCUCAGUGUUUUUUCUUUAGACAGACGAUCUGUGGUUCUCUAUUUAAAGUUCAAUAAACCGGGUAUUGUGACAUACCUACUUUUGAAAUAGAGGGUCCUCUAUUCCUGACCAAAUUAAAAUUGUUUAAUGAAUUAGCGAGACCAUACGAAAGAAAAAGAAAAGAAAACCCUUGUUCAGAACUCGCAGAAAAACUUAACUUGAUGGUAAUGAUGGUGUGUGCUUUGUAGCAAGCAAUUUCUGUAUUGUUGGCAAAAAUAAAAAAGAUCAAUAUUUUUUCUGAACAUUUUUUCACUCGUGCAAAUAUAUUUGCAGAAAAUUCUUAAAAAAAAUAAAACGGCAUUUGAGCUUUUUGAAAUAUUUCAUUGGAGGUGCGUAUUUUUCUAUUGUAACCAUUGAUAUAUACCUUGCUCUUUUACCUAUGAAACGGAGAAAGAGGAAUAGAUCUUUCCAGUUGUUACUUAAAUCGUUUAAUGUAGUUGUGAAGUGUUUAAUCUUAGAAUUUAAAAUUUUGAUGUACCACCAUUAAAGUGAGACCACCCUAAGCAAGUCUCAUAAAUUUUAAACUUUAAAGCAAUGUUAGCUGCAUCAAGCAAAGUUUUGUGAAUUGUGCUAAAUUAUUUUUGCUCUGUCCCUUUCAAAUUUUGCAAGGUUACAAUGUGGUCUCAUUUGUCAAAUCCCUUAUUCAUUUUAUUUUGAUUUAAGCUUCCAAAGCAUUAUGAGCUGUACAAAGCUGUUCCGAAGCUGUACUAAAGUUUGGGUUGUCUCGAACAUUUAGUUUGCUCUUUUUUGUUUUAUUUUGUUCAGUUCAUUUUUUUGUUAUGAAUGUUUACAAGGCAGGGUGCCAUUCAAUCCAGUUAUCAAGGAAUCAAUUCGAGUAUCUGAAAAACUCUACACUUCUAGACUUGUGUACCUAUUUUACAAAGGAAGUUUGUAAAGCAAUAGAUACUUGGUAGCAUUUAUUUACGUUAAUGUAGAAGAAAUUCAAGGAAAAUGGAUGGUAAACAACUUGCAAACAAACUAGAAAACUUUGCAAAAGCUCAAGCGACAAUUGAGCCAAUAUUUUCCUCAAAGGCCCACUUACGAAAACCCAAGUUUCAAGAAAAAAAAAAGUUUUUGAAAAGGAAGAAAAUGUUUGAGGGCUUGAAAGAUUAAGCGUACGCCAAAUGGCACAGUUUUUCUCGAAAUUUGGGAUUGGGUGGCCUUCUAGAAAACCGAUUUUUGAUUUGUAGAACAGGAAUGAUCAACAUUUGAAGGUCUAAAAGCUGUCUAGAAGUUUUUGAAUUUUGGAAAAAUUUGCAGUCUCAACAAAAUCCCAACGCAACUAGUUCCCCUCUCAUUCUUACUGCCUUUCAAUACUGUGUGAAUGGUUACAUCGAACAUUUUAUCUGUACCAAUUUUUUUUUAGUUAUAGUUAUGGAAAAUUCAUGUUAAUGAAGUUUUCAAGUACCUCUCGAAACAUUGUAAGUUCCACUGUCUUCCCCUCAUUUUAUUAAUCUCUCGGCCAAAUUAGAGUUUGAUUCAUUUUAAUUAUUAAUAAUUUAUUAUGUGUCGAUGAGAAAAUUUGCCGUAUGAGCAAGAGAAAUUUUCUGAAGUCGAGUUUUUAUUCCUAACAUUUCAUUAUUUUUCUGCAAACUGUUGAGUACUAAUCGAUAAAACAACCCUGUGAAACAUGAAAUUCAUCCAUUGGAGACACCACAUAGUUGGAAUGCUUCCAAGCAUUGUGUACCGUACUUUUAUAAUUAUUUUUUUACCCUGCUCUCCUUGUAAGGGAAAUCCGUAUACCCUUGUCGGUUUUUUCAUGAAAAGUGGUCCAAAAAUCUUUCUUUCUCCCUAAAAUCUCAUACGUUUUAUUUUUGGAGUAUAUCAUGUAAUGUUUUAACCCCCUAAAGCUAGAUUCGUUCCCCUUCAAGUGCGUUACAUAAUCUUUGAACGCUCCUUAACUACAAAUUGUGUUCACUUUUCAAGAGACUUAAAAUUUUCAGUGAGGAAAGAGUCGAACUUGACUUCCUUACCCCAAAUUUUCAGUGACAGCCAUUAAUUCCUCUCUGUACUUAGAUCCGGUGAUGCGUUUUAUAUUUUUGUAUGAUAAAAGUGUAUACAUUUAAAAAAUGUCAUGCAGCAUAGUAAACUGCUGGUUCUGUUGGGACUACCUCCUCGUCAGUGAUUUUUGUGGAUGCUUCUAUGUUACUUAAGAAUCUAUGAUAUGUAAUUUGUGACAAUAAUGUUUGUAAAUUAUCUGAAGACAAUAAUUUUCAUAUUUUUUGCUUUGAAUGCAUAUGUUCAAGAUCCCACAAGAUUUGAUGUUUAAUUUUAGGUCUUUUUUUGUUGUAGUUUGUUCUAGCAUGUUGUUUUCUACUUAUACUUGUCAAAUAUAAAUUUUGGGCAAUUUAA